ACAACGUUUGAUCCUCCUCAGAUGAUGAACGGCCAGAUCAUGUAUUCUAACACGUUGCGCUAUACACCAGAGCCUCAAGGGACAGUCAUCCGAGCGGUGCCCCUCACGCUAAACAUCCAGUGCCUAUACAACAGAUUUCAUUAUUCCUACAAAAUAGGCUUCCAGCCUGUGCUGAGGGAGCACAAGUUUCACAAGAUUUUUGAGCGUAGAGCCAAGUUUAGUAUUUCUGUGUGUAAUGAACGCUGGGAAAGACUUGAAGAAAAUGUGAGUUUUAUGCUUGGGGAGCCCAUGUAUUUUGAAGUCAGCGCUGCUCAUGUGUCCAAAGACGAGAUGAUUUUUGUUGACUCCUGCUAUGCGACAGCAUCCAGAGAUCCAAAGUCUAUUCCACAACACAAUGUUAUUUGUAAUUAUGGGUGUAUGGAGGACAGCAGAAGACAAGGAAGUCUCUCCCGCUUUUUCCAAAGACAGUCAAAUAUUAUAAGGUUUUCGGUUGAUGCCUUUUUACUCCCCCAAGUUACUGGCACGCACUUUUACCUGCAUUGCACAAUAUCGGUUCACGAUGCCACAAGCGCUUCAGCAAAAUCCUGCACUUAUAACCAUGCAGAGAGAGGGUGGGACGAACUCUACACUGAUGCGUCCGUUUGUGCAUGUUGUGAUUCAGUUUGUGAAAUUGAAGCAACUUCUUCUUUGCCCCGUUCAACACAAUCUCUGGUAACUAGUCUACCCUGGGUAAUGGACAAGAACGAACAAUAUUUAAUCAAAGGAAAAGGAUUGUCCGGUGUUCAGAAGGACAUAGAGGAGGUGAAGUUCAAGAGCGCAAAUGGAAUCGGUGAAGAGGAAGAUGAUCAUUACACUGUGGGGGCUGUGUCUGAUACUGAAAAACAAAUGAAAGCAAAAGAGAAUAAAAAGAUGCCUGUGAAAGACUUGGAUGAGGAUGUAGAAGUAAUUGUUGGGAAAGAGGAAACAACUGCUAUAGAGUUGAAGGAUGAGGGGGAUCGUUCUGGAAAAGUGAUGUCUUUUGGAGAACAGAUGGAUGGUGUUGUAGAGCUCGAGCAGGGUGCUGGGAGACUCAAGAGCGCAGAAGGAAUCGAUGAAGAGGAAGAUGGUUACACUGUGGAGACUGAUACUGAAAAACAAAUUGAAGCAAAAGAAGAAAAUAAAAAGAUGCCCAUGAAAGACUUAGAUGAGGAUGUAGAAGUAAUUGUUGGGAAAGAGGAAACAACUGCUAUAGAGUUAAAGGAUGAGGGCGAUCGUUCUGGAAAAGUGAUAUCUUUUGGGGAACCGAUGGAUGGUGUUGUAGAGCUCGAGGAGGAGGCUGGGAGUCUCAAGAGCGCAGAAGGAAUCAGUAACGAGAAAGACGGUUACACUGUUGAGACUGAAACUGAUACUGAGAAACAAAUCAAAGAAAAUAAAAAUAUUCCCUUGAAAAACCUUGACGAGGAUGUAAUUGUUCAGACAGAGGAAACAACUGCUAUAAAGGAUGAGGAGGGCGAUCGUUCUGGAAAAGUGAUGUCUGUCGGGGAACCGAUGGAUGGUGUUGUAGCACUCGAGGAGGAUGCUGGGAGUCUCAGGAGCACUGAGCUUUUGGAAGAUGUUAAUGAUGACAAAGGGUCCAGCAAGAGUGGAUUAAAUCAACUGAUUGACAUUACCAGAGAAGAACUGUCCAAAUAUAAAAUAAAGCCUGAAGUUUUUGAGAAGAGCAUGCCGGUACGAACCACAGGACCCUCAUACAUGGCGAUUGGUGAAGAGGUAUUUUUAAAUGCCAAACAAGAACCAAUGGAGUGGAAUAGAGAGGAACAUUAACCCACCCAGUGAGCGAGAAAUGGGGGACUGACGUUUGAGAUCGUUCCAGGGUCUAAAAGGAUCCUCGAUGGACCUUUUUUUUGGAGUUGCAUUUGUGGGGCAAAAGAUCUCUGCAUACUUUCUUAAAGUCAGUGUUUUGGUCAUGGAUUUAAGUGAAUUCACGAAUUUGCAUAAUAGGAAUGCUUCAAUGUACAGUCCUGACAUCCACUGUAAUGUCAUGGGAAUAUUAAAACGUUUUUGAUUGAG